CUCCUGCCGCGGGCGGCCGGCCCAGCUGGAGGAAACGGCGGCGGCGGCCACGAUGAGCGCGGGCGACGCCGUGUGCACCGGCUGGCUGGUCAAGUCGCCCCCCGAGAGGAAGCUGCAGCGCUACGCCUGGCGCAAGCGUUGGUUUGUCCUCCGGCGGGGCCGCAUGAGUGGCAACCCUGAUGUCUUGGAGUACUACAGGAACAAGCACUCGAGCAAGCCCAUCCGGGUGAUAGACCUCAGCGAGUGUACAGUGUGGAAGCACGUGGGCCCCGGCUUUGUUCGGAAGGAAUUUCAGAAUAAUUUCGUGUUCAUUGUCAAGACCACUUCCCGUACGUUCUAUCUGGUGGCCAAGACUGAGGAAGAAAUGCAGGUGUGGGUACACAGCAUCAGUCAGGUCUGCAACCUGGGCCACCUGGAGGACAGUGCAGCAGAUUCCAUGGAGAGCCUCUCUCACAUGCCCUCCUCCCUCCAGCCAUCUCCUGCCAGCUGCCUUCAUACUGCCCAAUCUGCCAGCUCCUCCUUGCCAAGAGAUGACCCAAACAUUAAUGCCAUAGCCACUGAGGAAACCAGAAGUGAAUCGGAGCUUCUCUUCCUUCCUGAUUAUCUGGUUUUGUCCAACUGUGAGACUGGAAGACUGCACCAUGCCAGUCUACCCACUAGAUGUGACAGCUGGUCAAACUCAGACCGCUCUUUGGAACAGACUUCCUUUGAUGAUGUCUUUGUUGACUGCCUGCAGUCACUGCCCUCCAGUCAUUUGGUCCACCCCUCACGCCAUGGAAAUGGGUCUCAAGAGGCCUCUUCCACGAGGCCGCAGGCUGCCCUCAUCUGGAGUAAAGAAAUCAAUGGGCCGUCCAGGGACCAACUGUCUUCUUCAUCAUUGCUGGAAACUUCCUUAAAUGCCACCAUUCAGGUAGAUAAAAACCAAGGUUCCUUGCCAUGUGGGGCAAAAGAACUAGACAUUAUGGCCAGCACUCCACCUCCCCGCCCCCCUAAGCCAAGCCAUCUCUCUGAACGGUGCCAAGAGGAGCAGCUCCUGUGGAGUGGGCACAGCAGCAGCAAGAAGCCAGGAUGCACUCUGGUUCCAAGAAGAAUCUCUCUCUCCAGUUUAGACAACAUGAGAACCUGGAAAGCUGAUGUAGAAAGCCAACCCUUGAGACACCGAGACAAGCGGCUGAGUUUAAAUUUGCCGAGCAGGUUCUCCCCGAUGUACCCCACAGCUGCAGCCAGUGCUGAAGACAGCUACAUGCCCAUGAGCCCUCAGGCCACUGCCUCUGGUCUGGGGUCCCACUGCAGCCCUGAUGACUACAUUCCAAUGAGCUCAGGAAGCAUGACGAGCCCGCUACCUGAGCUACCUGCUGACCUGGAGCCUCCUCCGGUGAACAGAGAUCUCAAGCCUCAGAGGAAACCACGGCCACCUCCCCUGGACCUGAGAAACCUCUCCACCAUCCGGGAACACACAUCUCUAACCAGGACCCACACCGUACCUUGCAAUCGGACCAGCUUUCUCUCUCCAGAAAGAAAUGGUAUUAAUCCUGCAAGAUUUUUUGCCAAUCCUGUUUCCAGAGAAGAGGAAGACAGCUACAUCCAAAUGGAGGAGCACCAAACAGCCAGCUCCUUGAGCAGUGGUGCUCUCAUGUGGACGAAGAAGUUCAGCCUGGAUUAUCUGGCCCUGGACUUCAAUUCAGCAUCGCCAGCCCCCAUACAGCAGAAACUUCUCCUUUCAGAAGAGCAGAGAGUGGACUAUGUCCAGGUGGAUGAGCAGAAGACACAGGCUCUGCAGAGCACAAGGCAGGAGUGGACGGACGAGAGGCAAUCCAAAGUGUGAGAACUGUGGGCUCGGGCCAUGUGUGAAACAGGAAGCUCGCUUGGGGCUCAGUUUGAGUUUAUUUUCUUACUUUUAUUUUAUUUUAUUUUAUUGGCUAAAAACAUACUGAUGGUCAACACAGGUCAAAACCAAGAGAGGACGUGUAGUUUCCGUAGUCUUGGCAUGAACCUUUAGGAGAGAGGGCCUGUGGCAGCAGUUUCCUUCCCCAGCUCCACCCCCCCCACCCCGCGCCUGCCCCGCAGGGGUGGCUGCCUCAGGCUCUGCAGUCUCAGGAGGCAGGGAUAGAGGAUUCCGUAGCCACAGACUGGGAUGUGAAAAAUUCCAUUCAUUCAGGCAGGGUAGGAAUAAUGAAAACAAGACUGGAGAAAACAUUUUUCUAAAAAUUAUGUUAAAAAUCUC